CACUACUGUCUUGCAAAGCAUAAGGUUAGAGAAAAAGUAAAGGAAAAAAACUUGUUCCAAAAUGGCGACGAAGAUCUGCCUGUCCAUUGGAAAACAAUAGAAAUAGCAAAGAGGGGCAGAGUUUGAUUGUUGUCGCAAUUUGUUUUUGUUUUGCAUUUGACCUAACUGCAUCAGAUUCGGGUUGUGUGUUUCUAGCUAUAUGCAGUACUGGACGAAGUAGUCUGGGUAUCAUGCUUUGUUAUAGUUGGUUUUCAAGCUAGCUAGCUAACACCGUUACAUCCGUAUAUUGUUGCAGUUGGCUGCUAGCUAUCAAGUCACAUUAUUUGGAUCUACACCGAGGAUCAGCUCGCCAGGCAGAACACAGGAAACAUUUGACUUGCAAGUCAAGUUGUGCGCACUUUUGUUAUUACCAAGCAAACAUUUUUAGUGUUUUGUAGGUCGGUGGUAAUCGGUAACUUGACGUUUUAUCCUGCCUAGCUAGCAUAAGUUAAUUGCCGGAGUAAGUUACUGUAGCUACAGUAGUUAGCUAGCUUAGUAGAAACACUCAGCGUCACUUGGUUUCGCUAGCUAACUUCAUGGCUAACGUUAGCUAGUUAACGGUAACUGAAUUUCACAAUGAGACUGGUGUGUUUGUUGUAGCUAACAGGUAGCUAACCAACUACGUAAAGUUGGGUAAGUAGUCAGUAAGAUGUUUUAAAAUAUUAAUUGUUGGUAAUGUAAACUAUAAUCUUACACGGUGAAAUGUUUGUUCUAGCUAAUACGGUUCAGUUUUGCGAUGGCUAGCUAAAUGUUAGAUAGCUACUGUAGCGGCUAAAGUGAAAGUUAUGGGCUUUUCUCGCACAAACUUUGGAUGUUUGACCAGAGGAAUGUUAGGAAGUCCCAUACUAGCAUUUUAGUGAGCAGCUAGCUCACGGUAACUUGGCUAGAUUAGUGUCUCAACUAAUGAUAUUUGACGUGCGUAUCUGUGAUACAAUUCAUUUAUAUACUAUAUUAAAGAUACGUUAGUUUAAUUUAUACUUUUUAAUUCAUAUAGACAAGGCGUGAAUGAGCUUUUGCGAAUUUGUCUAACUAGCCAAUGUUGGGGCCUUUAGCUAGUUAGCUAGCUAACGUUAGCCAGACAGUUAUUAGUGGCAAUAUUUUUCAUGAUGUGAUAGAUACGGUGCACUAUCUACCUUGCUGGCUAGGCAGUUGAACAAUAUUUUAUUAAUCGUCUUUUUCGUGCGUUUUCCGACUGUUGUGACUGAAGUCUAUUAGUAAGACAAAGGUCGACUAUGGAAGCAGUAACGUUAGUUGACACUCUGUAAAAGGGUACCGGGUAUAGACGCCCACCCUGAAAAGGAGCAAAUUCAGCAUUUUAUCCGGACUGCCGAAACCUGAGUCCAGAGUUUAAAACACUCUUUAUUGAUGAUGGCCGAUUUUGUAGUGCCGCGACACAGUGCGGUGAUGGAGCGACUCCGCCGUCGAAUCGAGCUCUUCAGGAGGCAUAACACCAGCUGCGAGAACCGCUACGACAACACAGCGAGGGAGCGGCUGGAGAUGGAACGGCAGCAGACCUUUGCACUGCACCAACGGUGCCUGCAAACCAAGGCCAAGCGGUCGAGUAAGCACAGACAGCCAACAUCCGACCAAGCAGUUCAGAGAGGGUCAGGGACCGGGGGCAACAACGCAGACUUAGGGGAUGGUGGGACGCCCGAGCAGAGCAGAAACAGCACCUUGAUUGCGGAGUCAGUGAAGAGGAAGCUGGAAAGCACUGGCUCCCCUGGUCAGGUCAACGGCUUCAGCGAUGGCUAUCCCCCGUCCAAAAAGGCUUGCCUAGACAACAGCUCGUCCAAUGGCGGCAUCCCCCCUCGCUCACCCCUGGACUCCAAGCAUGGCAUUGGCGCCGACUCUCUCAUACCCAAUGGUGGAGAACAUGGUGGAACCGCCGCUGGGGAGCAGGAGUUCCGGCUCAAAGAGAUGAAGCAGGAGCCCAUGGAUGACAUUCUCCCCUGCAUGUUGCCGUCAGGGGGCGGAGCCAGCAACAGCCUCUUCCCUGACCUCAACCUCAAUGAGCAGGAGUGGACGGAGCUCAUGGAGGAGCUCAACCGCUCGGUUGCCUAUGAGGACAUCCAGGACAUCCUCAACGACGGUUUCGAGGACCGCAAGGACCCUCCGGAUCUGGCCGGACCCACCCCUGGGACGGGCGCACAGUCUGGCGGUACGUCACAGGGAGGCCUCCUGCUUCCAGAACUGGCCAGUGUCAAGGCAGAGUUCUCCCCGGUCUCUACCGCCUUCGAGCAGGACUCGUGCGCCGGCUCACCCCACGCCAGGCCCAAGUCAUCGGGGCCGCCCAUGCAGCACUCCGCCAGCUUCCUGGCAGCGGCCACCUCCACCGUCUCCUCCCCGACCCUGCCCCAGCCCCUCAGCCAGCAGCCUCCCCCAUCCAGGCAGCUCCCUCCCCAGAACCACCGCCUUCCCUCGGGGCCUGUCUCCAAAGACCUGUCCCCUGCCCAGCAGCUCCAGCAGCUAGCUGCCCAGCAGCAGAGAGCCCAGCAGAUGCAGUCCCAGCUCCAACAGCAGCAACAUGCUCAGAAACAGCAGCAAGCCCAAAAACAACAACAGCAGCAAGCCCCCAAAUUCCACCCCCCUGUGUCCCACCCCUGCCGUCCAUCUUGGCCACCCCAGUCGGCCCCGUCUCAGAGCCCCCUAGGGGGAGCUUACGGCCUGGAGAAGCCCACCAGCCCCUCCCUAUACCCCCAGGACUUCCCAAAUAACCCCAAGCCCCAGCUGAUGAUGCCCGGACAGCCCAACAAGGGCUCACCCAAAGCCGUGGCCGGCGGGUACCUGCAGCCCGGAGGCCCCCACACCAACAUGCUGGGCCACACUGCUCAAGGACCAGGGGCUCCGCUUAGCCACCCUGCAGCAGCAGGCCCUGGGGGUCUGGGCUCUGCCAUGCUCAACUACAGCAACACCAAGCCCCUGUCCCACUAUGAGGCUGCGGCCCAGGGGCCACAGCAGGGCCCCCCCAGUGCCCAGAGCCAGAACAAGGCAGUGCUGCUGUCGCUCCUCAGACAGCAGCAGCAGAUGAAGCAGAAGCAAGGCCUGUCCUUCAGACCACAGCUACCCCACGGGCAGGAACAGAACGCAUACCCUGCCGCACCGCACGGCCCUGGACCUGGCAACGCCAUGGCCCCCCAGCUGGGGGGGCCCGGCAACGGCAUGGCGGGAAACCUCGGCAACGUGGCCUACCUGUCGGGGCAGGCGGCGGUGAAGCAGCAGCAGCAGCUGAUGGAGCAGCAGAAACAGUUCCUACUGGGCCAGAGGCAGCAGCUGAUCAUGGCCCAACAGGAAAAACAGCGUCAGCAGCAAGAGCAGCAGCUCCAGAGGCACCUGACCCGUCCCCCUCCCCAGUACCAGGACCAACAGAACCAGCAACCUGGCGCACAGAACAACCCCUUCCAGCAGCAGCAGGCUGCCCAGUUUACAAGUUCGUCACAGCCAUUGAGCAACGUUGGUACGCUGGGAGGCCCCGCCCCCGGAGCUCAGCGAAUUUUCCCCCAGGCGCAACAAGGCAUGAUUGGUAUGACCAUGGGCCAACAGGGUGGUACUGGCCCCACCCCUGGUGUCCCUCCUCCCUCCAGCCAGGCAGACAUGAGCCUCGCCUCCUGUGUGGGUGUUAUGGACUCUGCCUUACAGCAUCAGGUACUCUACAGCAACAUGAACAUGCACCCCUCCCAGCAAAGUUCCAUGCAGAGGCAGCCUGUAGGUAAUAUGGGUGCCUCCUACCGACAGAACAUGCUAUCCCAGCAGCAACACCUUAAAAACCAGCCCAACGCCGCCCUGUUGAAACAACAGCAGCAGCAGCAGUUAGCCAGGCUACCCGGCUCCAUGCCUGGCGGCAACAUGCCCAGUGUUAUGCCCAACGCCAUGCAGAGCACCCAGAGCCAAUCUUGGCAGCAGCAGGGCAUGCAGCAAGCUAUGGGUGCCCAGCAACCUCCCUCCAGCAACGGAGGUCUCCCGCCCAAUGCCUUUGCCAACCCCAACGCCUUCCACAUGCAGCAACAGACCCACAUACCAAACAAGAUGCCUGUUGGCAACACCCCCUUUGGCGCCAAUGCCAACGGCAGGCCCAUGGGCGCCAUGAACCCUGCCCAGCAACAGAUGAUGCAGCAGGCCCAGCAAAGGACUGCAGCCAACCCUCAAGUUUCCCUUGGGCAGCCCUUAGGCCCAGGGCAAGUCUUACCCAAUCAGCAACAGCAGCAGGGUUCCCAAGGCCAGGGGGUGUUGCCCGACCUGGGUGCCUUUGGUCAGCCGCAGGGGGGGCGUUUGGUCAGCCAGGUGCUCCAGUGCAGACAGCAGGGCUACCAGGUCAACAGAACUGCUAACCAACAACAACAGCAGCAGCAGUUGCCGUUUAUCUACAACACUGGGUCAGGGGCUAGCAGUUUGCCCAGCUUCCCUGGAGAGAGUGACCUGGUGGACUCUCUGCUGAAAGAACGCAGCACGCAGGAGUGGAUGGACGAUCUGGAUGAGCUCUUAGCUAGCCACCACUGAUGAGUUUUAAUGAACAGGAGAGUCUCAAUAGUCUGUGGUGGCUUCCUCUUCUCCAUCUGUGCCAAUGUUAGAGCCGGAUGGUUGAGAGCAAGUGUCUGCUAGGCAUCCGUCUUCCAUGUUGUGUUCACCUUGCCUUUUCAGAUCAGUAGAUUAAGACUGAGAGGAGCUGGGGAGAGGAAGCCUUCAGGCAAGUGAGAUUCAUCUGAUGAGUUGGUGAGAUGGAAUGUUGGUGUAUGUGUUCCAAGCCAAUUGCCAA